AUGGCCGACGCUCCUCAGUGCAACUGCCCCAAGUACGAGACUCAGGACUCGGACGGCAAGCCCGUCAUCAUCUACCGACACGGAGACGCCUGCCCCAACAGCGGCAAGACCCCUCAGCCUCGCAUGUGGAUGUUUGAAGAAUAG